CGCCUAGUUACGUCAACGACCGAUACUACUCUGAUAACACAUUUUAGCUCUGUGGUUAUGUCUUUUAAUUUAGGUUAAAGGUAGAUUGCUGGGGUUUUUAAAAAUCUAAGAAUAAGUAUCAAAUUGUUAUUUCGGUUUCUUACAUUUCGUGGAUUAGUAUUUCAAAAGGCAUGAUGUUGGCUUUUUGUGGUUCACUGACAUUCCUGAUGGUUUUGGUCACAGCGGUUUCCACACUGGUUCCACCUCCAGAAAAUGUGACAGUGAGCUGCAACAACGUUCAGACAACUGUUUAUUGGAACUACAGUGAACUGCUUCGUCAACCUCUCUUCAAAUUGAAAAUAAGUAGUGAUCUCAAUCUUAGUUUUCCGCUGGAUUCCACUAAACAGCACCAUUAUGACCUCUCCCCCUUCAUAUGGAAUGCUAAAGAACUGGAUCGCUACUUUGUGACUAUAACGGCCAGUGAUGAAACGGAGGAAUCGGCAUCUCUGAAGUCCUCGAUAUUCACAUUUAGUAGAGACCUUACAGCUGCCAUCAAGUGCAAGUUGGAUUUCCCUGCUGUAAAAGUGUCAAUGAAGGAUAUGGAGGUCACAGUUAGCUUCGACAACCCUUACCACCUGUACACAGAACUGAAAGAGUCUAGCAUACGUGAAGAUGACAAACUCUUCCUUUACGAUGUAACCUAUGAAAAUACUGAAGGCUCUUCUGAAUGUCAGAUAAAAGACAAAGUCUGUCGUCAUCACUUCACAGUCCGGGAGAACAAGGAGCAGUACUGUGUUAGUCUGGAUGGGAAUGUAACGAGCCAAAAAGUUUUGUUCGGCAGAAUAGGACCCAUCUGUGGCUAUGAAGACAAAACAAUUUCACUGGAAUCAUCUUUGCUCAUGCUUUUGCCAUUGUUCAUCAUUGGCAUUGUGGCCUUUGUAGUCUUUGUGACAAUAAGGCUCUGCAAGAGAAGUAUGCGGGAAAGAAACUUGUCCAAUUUUCCAAAGACUUUGGCUUCAAUCCUAUCAAACCCACAUAACAAGAAUAUAAUGAACCUGCAAUGUGAGAUCAUAGCGCACAUAGAACCAGCUACCACCACAUCCCAGAGCAUGUUGGAAACUUCAGAAGACGAAGAGGAGGAACCGACCACUAGCGUUGGAUUUUCAGCUUACCUUCAAUACUCUAUUAGUUCUGGGCAGGUGGGAGAGGGGUUAUUGGACAGUAGAAGCCAAUUACGGUCUGAGCUUCUGGAGGUGACACAGCCAUGCUCUGUGCUGCUGUGUGGAGAUGACUCAGAGGAAUCAGACUCAAGGACAUUGGAGGUGGAGGACAUGGAUUUCACAGCCUCUGGCUAUGACAGACACCACAUUCCUCUACUGGAGGUGGAGAUGAGUGCAGGAGAUGUUGUGGUGGGCUAUGGCCCCACCUGAGCACCUCUGAACUCAGGCCUCUGUAAAUCACACCUUUCACUGGAUAGAUGACAGAUGACAAUGACAUCACAGAACUGGUUUACCUAGGUACACUGUCGUGCCUCACUGAUUUUCAAUCACAUCUUCAGUGGUGUAGCUCUUCAUUCAAAGAUUCAAUCAUAGACACGCUUAAUGACAGUUGUGGCUGCUUCACAUGAUGUAUUGUUUUCUUAACCUUCUUGCCCUUUGUGCUGUUGUCUGUGCCCAAUAAUGUUUGUACCAUGUUUUGCUGCUGCCAUGCUGUGUUUUCAUGUGUUGCUGCCAUACUAUGCUGUCAUCUUAGGUCUUUAUGUAGUGUUGCGGUGUCUCUCGUGAGUUUUGUCUUAUAUUUUUAGAUAACGAUUGACACUUUGUAAAUUGUUAUUUUCUGUUGUUGUAUUUCUGUUAUGGUCCCUGUGAGAUUUCUGGAAAUCUAUCGCCAGUCCAAAGCUGUGGGCUGAACUAAUCAUCAGUAAACUUUACUCAGGCUGUAAAAAACUUUUGGGUUGUUGGG